UCUGAGCGGCCGGAGUCUGGCCGCGUCCCGGCUUCGGGCGAGUCUCCGCCCAAGGCGGCCGGACUUUCCUUCCCGGAGUUUCCCGAGCCGCCCGAGGAGGCGGCCCAGCCCCGGAUUCCUAACCCCGAGCGCCGCAAAAAUAGCCCGUGGCCGGAAUAGCGCGUCCCGGCGGCCUGACCCGGCCGGACAUCUCGGCUCCAGCCCCGGCCCGACAGCUGAGGGUCCCGGGAGCGGGAGGGCUCGGAGUCCGGGGGUGUCCCCAGGCGCCUCUGACUGUACCCUCCCCCCCCUUACGCUUUCCUUCCCGGCCACCACCAGUGGGUGGUGUCUCCAAGUUGAAACUCCAGCUCAGAGGGUGGGACUUCUCUGGAUCAUCCCUGUCCCAGUCGUCCUCCCUGGGGAUGGGAAUAAUUUCAGCAGUAAUAGCAGUAGCUGCGGAGCUGGGGGAUGGGGGGUGCGGGGAGGGACUGACCCCACCUUGGACUUCACAACCCAGUCACCCCGUCUCUAAACACUGAAAGCUGCCUGGCACUUUCCCUACCCUGUGUGCUCAGUGGCCAAGAGGAGCAGGCCAGGGCAGAGCCUGCGGCCACUACCCACUACCUCAACGCAGGCCUUCUCUUGGCUGGGGAGAUGGCUGGACCCCAGGCUGCCUAGCUCUGCCCGGAACCAUGGGUGAGGCCCGCAGGGACAGCACCAGCAGCCUGCAACGCAAGAAGCCACCGUGGCUGAAGCUGGAUAUCCCGGCUGUGGCGGCCCCGGCCACAGAGGAGCCCAGCUUCCUGCAGGUAGGCCCUGGCCAGCGGGGGCUGCAGGUCCAGCCCAUCCAGCCCCCUCACCGGGACCCCGUUGCCCAGCCCCUGAGACGGCAGGCGUUUCUGCGGAGCGUGAGCAUGCCGGCCGAGCCCGCCCGCGUCCCCUCGCCCCACCAGGAGCCCCGGCGGCUGGGGCUGCAGCGCCAGAUGUCCAUCACGCAGACCAUCCGCAGGGGCACCGCUGACUGGUUUGGAGUGAGCAAGGACAGUGACAGCACCCAGAAGUGGCAGCGCAAGAGCAUCCGUCACUGCAGCCAGCGCUACGGGAAGCUGAAGCCCCAGGUCAUCCGGGAGCUAGACCUGCCCAGCCAGGACAACGUGUCGCUGACCAGCACUGAGACGCCCCCUCCUCUGUACGUGGGGCCGUGCCAGCUGGGCAUGCAGAAGAUCAUAGACCCCCUGGCCCGGGGCCGGGCCUUCCGCUUGGCGGAUGAUGCCGCCGAUGGCCUGAGUGCCCCGCACACGCCGGUCACGCCGGGUGCCGCCUCCCUCUGCUCCUUCUCCAGCUCCCGCUCCGGUUUCAACCGGCUCCCGCGGCGGCGCAAGCGCGAGUCGGUGGCCAAGAUGAGCUUCCGGGCGGCCGCUGCGCUGGUGAAGGGCCGCUCUGUUAGGGAUGGCACAUUGCGCCGGGUCCAGCGCCGAAGCUUCACUCCUGCCAGCUUCCUGGAGGAGGACACAGCUGACUUCCCCGACGAGCUGGACACGUCCUUCUUUGCCCGGGAAGGUGUCCUUCACGAGGAGCUGUCCACGUACCCAGACGAGGUGUUCGAGUCCCCAUCGGAGGCAGCGCUUAAGGACUGGGAGAGAGCCCCAGAGCAGGCGGACCUCACGGGCGGGGCCCUGGACCGCAGCGAGCUGGAGCGCAGCCACCUGAUGCUGCCUCUGGAACGUGGUUGGCGCAAGCAGAAGGAGGGCGGUGCAGCAGCCCCGCAGCCCAAGGUGCGGCUGCGGCAGGAGGUGGUGAGCGCGGCGGGGCAGCGGCGGGGCCAGCGCAUCGCGAUGCCGGUGCGCAAGUUCUUCGCCAGGGAGAAGCGGCCGUAUGGGCUGGGCAUGGUGGGCCGGCUAACCAACCGCACUUACCGCAAGCGAAUCGACAGCUAUGUUAAACGCCAGAUUGAGGACAUGGACGACCACAGGCCCUUCUUCACCUACUGGCUCACCUUCGUGCACUCGCUCGUCACCAUUCUAGCCGUGUGCAUCUAUGGCGUGGCGCCCGUAGGCUUCUCACAGCACGAGACCGUAGACUCGGUGCUGCGCAACCGCGGGGUCUAUGAGAAUGUCAAAUACGUGCAGCAGGAGAACUUCUGGAUCGGGCCCAGCUCGGAGGCUCUCAUUCACCUGGGUGCCAAGUUCUCGCCCUGCAUGCGCCAGGAUCCGCAGGUACAUAGUUUCAUCCACGCUGCGCGCGAGCGCGAGAAGCACUCGGCCUGCUGCGUGCGCAAUGACCGGUCUGGCUGCGUGCAGACCUCGGAGGAGGAGUGCUCCUCCACGCUGGCAGUGUGGGUGAAGUGGCCCUUCCAUCCCAGCACCCCAGACCUUGCUGGCCACAAGAGACAGUUUGGCUCCGUCUGCCACCAGGACCCCAGGGUGUGUGACGAACCUUCCUCUGAGGACCCCCAUGAGUGGCCAGAUGACAUCACCAAGUGGCCGAUCUGCACCAAAAACAGCGCUGGGAACCACACCAACCACCCGCACAUGGACUGUGUCAUCACGGGCCGGCCCUGCUGUAUUGGCACCAAGGGCAGGUGUGAGAUCACCUCCCGGGAGUACUGUGAUUUCAUGAGGGGCUACUUCCAUGAGGAGGCUACACUCUGCUCUCAGGUGCACUGCAUGGAUGACGUGUGUGGGCUUCUGCCCUUCCUCAACCCCGAGGUGCCCGACCAGUUCUACCGCCUGUGGCUGUCCCUCUUCUUGCACGCCGGGAUCCUGCACUGCCUGGUGUCUGUCUGCUUCCAGAUGACUGUCCUGCGGGACCUGGAGAAGCUGGCAGGCUGGCACCGCAUAGCCAUCAUCUACCUGCUGAGUGGCGUCACUGGUAACCUGGCCAGUGCCAUUUUCCUGCCAUACCGGGCAGAGGUGGGCCCGGCCGGCUCGCAGUUCGGCAUCCUGGCCUGCCUCUUCGUGGAGCUCUUCCAGAGCUGGCAGAUCCUGGCGCGGCCCUGGCGCGCCUUCUUCAAGCUGCUGGCCGUGGUGCUCUUCCUCUUCACCUUCGGGCUGCUGCCCUGGAUCGACAACUUUGCCCACAUCUCGGGCUUCGUCAGCGGCCUCUUCCUCUCCUUUGCCUUCUUGCCCUACAUCAGCUUUGGCAAGUUCGACCUGUACCGCAAGCGCUGCCAGAUCAUCGUCUUUCAGGUGGUCUUCCUGGGCCUCCUGGCUGGCCUGGUGGUCCUCUUCUACUUCUACCCUGUGCGCUGUGAGUGGUGCGAGUUCCUCACCUGCAUCCCCUUCACUGACAAGUUCUGUGAGAAGUACGAGCUGGACGCUCAGCUCCACUGAGCUGGCGAGGCGGCGGGGCUGUGUGCCCGGUGGGCCAGAGUCAGGCCCGAGGCUUGGGACUCCGCCUGCGAGCCCUGCCUCCUGCACACAGACCCCUUGUGCUGUGUUCACUGCUGUUGAACCCCUCGUACUUCCGGGCAUUUAUCACACUAGUUCCCAAGGUUACCUUCUAACUAGCCUCUCGACGACCACCUCACGUGGCCAGUAAAUGGACCGGGAGCGUUUUAGCUGCCACUAAC